AUGACAACUCUCGCAAAAACCAUUGUGGCCACUGGCGUCUCGUCCGGGCUUGGGUUUGAAGCCAUCAAACACCUUCUUGGGCAAAUUCAGCAGCCAUACAGAGUCAUCCUCGGCGCGCGCAAUGCCAACGCUGCUAAGACGGCCUACGAAGAAGUCAAGUUUGAUACGGCCAAGCAUACGGUUUCAGUUCUGCCUCUGGAGCUUGGCGAUUUGAAAGAUGUAAAGCGCUUCGCCCGCCAGGCUCUCGAGGCUGUUGGCAGCGGUCCGAUUGAUUAUCUUCUUUUAAACGCCGCUCUUGGCCCUGGCGGCGAGACUUUGAACUUGAUCGGUUCCAAGUGGCGGGAGAUUUAUGUGGUGAAUUCUCUUUCUCAACAUUACUUGGUACACCUACUCAAGGAGAAACUUAUUUCUUCUCGCUCGCGGCUUAUCUUCGUCUCAUCCGGAGGGAUCCGUGGCGUAUCAGAUCCGAGUGUUUUGGAGGACCACCUCAAGGCUGGGACGACAGACAAAAGCCUCCUGAUCUAUAAUGAGACAAAGUUCGUUGGGCUCCUGAAUGCGCACUGGUGGCGACGCCAGCUUACGUGGCAGUGCGCCGUUGUUGCCGUCUCGCCGGGCUUCAUUCCCAACACGGGUCUCGGCAGAGGCUUGGACUGGAAAAUACCAACUGAUAUACCCGACGCAAAAUCUGUUUCCGAAGGCAAGUCAACACUCAUAAUAUACAGCGGACAAAACAUCACUCGAGCAUUCUUCCAGGAUAACCUCCCAGAGGAUCCGGAUCAAAUCUUCCUAACAAGCUGGGGAGAGUGGUGGCCCAAGGACGUGUAUGAGAAUACACUCGACAAAAGCCUGCAGGAUAAAUGGUCCCCGACCUUGGAGGACAUUGAGGCAGAAGAGAGAGUAAACUGA